AUGGGUCAGUCAGACUACAGCAAGAAUGGUGAAGCGAGGAAUGCAACAGAUGAAACACCUAGUGCGAGAGACAUCCUGGUGUGCAUACAGGAUGAGCGAUUAGCAUUCAAGAAAAGAUAUCCGUGCUCGAGGUCACUCCUAAGACAGAACAGCAAGUACUUCGAUAGGCUCCUAGAUCCGGACAAAUUCGAGGAGGGUCGCAGAAUAGAGCAAGAGCUACACGAGCGAGCUGCUGGGAACGGCCUCGCCCAUGAGAAGCCGUUGCCUACGAUCACGGUUUCGGACCUCCCCCUUCUGUUCGAAAGACCAUCACGUGCAAAUGAAUCUGAUUUAGCGGAGAUACUUACUCUCUUCCUGCGAAUGCUCCACGGUGUUCAGGUCUCAUGGCCAUUCUCUGGAAUCAAGGAGUUCCGUUCUCUUGAAUUUCUUGCAAGGCUAGCUAUCAUCGCAGACUUCUUCUCCGCGCCGGAUAUUCUUCACGGUUUCGUUAGGAAAGUCCACAACAAUGAGCGAGCUGCAUAUAACGGUCUUUUCGGUAUGAAAAAUAAGGUUCCUGAAACCGUUGUACGGCAACAGCUGCUCAUUGGAAUACUGCUUAGUUUCUCCCCCUGGAUUUGGUCCGGCAGCAAUUAUUUAAUCUGCAAAGGGUCUGGUCACUGGUCGCAAUCAUCACAAGAAGACACUCGGAGUGAUGACGGACAAGUAGCCUGGAACAUGCUCCCAAAUGGCAUAGAGGAGGAGCUUUUUGCCCGGCGUCAAUACGUCCUUCAGACGAUAUCCUCUAUCCAAUCUCAUUUUGUUGGCCUCUAUUCGUCAAAACUCAUUCAAUGCAAGAAGGGCUACGCCAAUUCUACAGAAUGCGACUCCUUUCAACUGGGGGAGAUGAUCAAAUUUUUCACCAGGAAAGGCAGCCUACAAAUGCGAGAUAUGUAUAUGCAGCAAGAGGCAGAAAUCUACAAUGGCGAUAUGCGGGAUCUGAUAGCACGACUCAAGGAAUGUCCUAAGUAUCAGAUUGAUUCUUAUCACCAGCAUUGUGGCGCACGAACACGAAUACUGCCUAUCCUCGAAGCGCUUCAAAAUUUCCCUGACUACGGCAUAUGCAUGUCCUGCUGGCAAACUGACCGCACAAAAGAGAGUUGGCUUGACAAUCCGAGCGGUGGCUAUUGGACAUUCCUAUCUCGAGGUUCGCAAUUCGGGCCGAAUUGUGAUCACAACGGGCAGAGCAAGCGCAUGUACACAGCAGAGACCCGGAAUUGGACGUCAUUUUGA